AUGUAUGAUUUGAACAUAGAAAAAAUAUUAUUAGCUGUGGAUCUUCACCGAGAAAAAGAUACUAAGGCCGCUGUUAAGAGCGCUAAUGCUACUAAUAUUACUAACACAAAAGUUUGUAAUAAAGAGGAUAAAGACAUUAAACUGGGUCCUACAACUGCACGUAACGAUGGUUAUGAGACCGUCAUCACUGAAGCAUAUGAUACCAAUACUAACCGUGAAGAGAAUAAUACACAAAAAGAUGAAGCUAACAACAUUGUGCAGAACAAUAUAAAUAAUACCGCCGGCAAUGAAGAUUUAAAUAAUUAUGCUGGAUGCAGCGCUCAAAAUAAAAUCCCUGGUACCGAUCAUAUUGAUAGUAACAAUGCAAAAUAUAUUACACAAAAUGUUGGUGACGAAAACGAUAUCGCUGAAAGCAAUAAUCAAGAUAUUGCGGGUGACAAUACAUUACAAAUGGCACAAAAUGAUGAACCCAAUAACGCACGUAUCAAUGAACAGGAUAUCGCGUCUAACGAAGCACGCGAUGUUGCUCCUAAUGACAGAAAUGAUGUCAAUGCAGGCAAUCCAGAUAAUGGCACAUCCCGUGAAAGAAAUAAUCCACCUAAUUUUAAUUAUAACAACAGAUUGGUGAUCAACGGCAAUCGUAAUGGCAUAUCUAAUGUUAUUCAAAAUGUUUCAUUCGAGCUGCCAAUGAGCAUAGAAAUUAUCAAAAUGUAG